AUGGCUUUUUUCUUGCUUUUCAUUUUAUUAACUAUUAAAACUAGCCAAUCAGUGGCCUCCGGACACGGAGACGUUUUUACAAACCACUGGGCAGUGCGGAUUACAGGUGGUCAGGAACAAGCUGAUAAAAUCGCUGCAAAAUACGGAUACAUAAACUUGGGACAGAUAGGACGUCUGGAGGACCAUUACCAUUUCCACCAAAGCAGAGUGGUUCGCAGAGCUGCGUACCCUUUGAAGGGCCCCCAUAGCUUCAUCCAUUUGGAUCCCGAGGUGGACUGGGCCCAGCAGCAGGUAGUAAAACCAAGAGUAAAGAGGCACGCCCAAAGUCACGCGACCAUUCAUUUCAAUGACCCUAAAUGGACCAACAUGUGGUACAUUCACUGCAAUAAUAAGAGCAGCCACUGUAGCGCAGAUAUGAACAUUCUGGCAGCCUGGCAGAGGGGCUAUACCGGCAAGAAUGUGGUGGUCACCAUAUUGGAUGAUGGCAUAGAGAGGAACCACCCUGAUCUGGCCCAGAACUAUGACCACCUAGCAAGUUAUGAUGUCAAUGGGAAUGACCAUGACCCCACACCACGUUAUGACUCCCGCAAUGAAAACAUACAUGGAACUAGGUGUGCAGGUGAAGUUGCAGCAGUGGCCAAUAACUCCCAUUGCAUCAUUGGAAUUGCCUACAACGCUCACAUUGGAGGGAUUCGGAUGCUGGAUGGUGAUGUGACUGACAUAGUAGAGGCCAAGUCCCUGGGAAUCCGACCUGACUACAUUGACAUCUACAGUGCCAGCUGGGGGCCUAAAGACGAUGGCAAGACAGUGGAUGGCCCAGGGCCACUAACAAAGCAGGCUUUUGAACAAGGCAUCAAGAAGGGCCGCAAAGGCCUGGGGUCCAUUUUUGUCUGGGCAUCAGGUAACGGUGGUCGGCAGGGUGAUCACUGUUCUUGUGACGGUUACACCAGCAGUAUCUACACCAUCUCAAUCUCCAGCACCACAGAGAAUGGAAACAAACCCUGGUACCUGGAGGUCUGCAGCUCGAUAAUGGCAACAACCUACAGCAGUGGAGAGUUUAAUGAGAGAAAGAUUGUAACCACUGACCCCAGGCACCGCUGCACUGAUGGUCAUACUGGCACUUCUGUCUCUGCUCCCAUUGUGGCUGGAAUCAUAGCUCUCGCCCUGGAGGCCAACCUUUUACUGACAUGGAGGGAUGUGCAACAUCUUCUGGUGAAGACAUCCAGACCAGUCCACCUGAAAGCUGAUGACUGGAAGACCAAUGCUGCCGGACACAGAGUCAGCCACCUUUAUGGUUUUGGCCUGGUGGAUGCAGAGGCCAUGGUGUUGGAGGCUAGGAAGUGGAGGACUGUUCCUCCUCAGCACACCUGCAGUCAGAUGCCUGAGCGACGGACCAGGUACAUACAUGCUGGCCAAAGCCUGAACUGCAGCAUAAAUGCCUCUGGGUGUUCAGAAGAACCUGAGCUGCAUGUGGAUUACCUGGAACAUGUGGUGGUCAAGGUCCAGAUAGUCCACCCACGGCGAGGAGACCUAGAGAUCAACCUGAUCUCUCCAGCUGGGACGAGAUCACAGCUACUGGCCAAGAGAUUGUUUGACAGUUCCAACGAGGGCUUCAGGAACUGGGAGUUCAUGACUGUUCAUUUCUGGGGUGAGAGAUCACAGGGCACAUGGACUCUGGAGAUUAUUGACUCACCGUCAAAGCUACGCAACCCUGAGGUGCUGGGCAACCUAAAAGAAUGGACACUGAUCCUUUAUGGCACAUCUCAGGACCCUUACCAGCCCUACAGUGCUCAGAACUCCCAUUCAAGGAUGUUGGAGAUCCCAGCCCCAGAGGAGGAGCCAGAGCAGGAGGAGGAGGAGGAAGACCAAUACAAUGGACCAUGCCACAGUGAGUGUGGAGACCAGGGCUGUGACGGACCAGAUGCUGACCACUGCCUCAACUGUGUCCACUUCAGCUCGGGCAGCUUGAAAAGUGGCAAAACCUGCGUGAGCCACUGUCCAUUGGGACACUCUGAGGACAUAGCGUCUCGUCGCUGUAGACGCUGCUACAAAGGCUGUGAGAGAUGUGUUGGACGAUCAGUCAGCGAUUGUCUCUCCUGUCGAAGAGGCCUUUACGUCAACGCACUCAACUCCAGCUGCAUCGAUACCUGUCCCCCAGGCUACUUUGCUGAUGAGAAUCAGAGGCAGUGUCUGAAGUGUCAUGACACCUGUAUGAGAUGCCUGGGGUAUGCAGACAGAUGCACUGCCUGCAGAGAAGGCUACAGUCUGGCGGGGAUGACUUGUGUUCCUGAAUGCACCAAUGGAACCUUUUUUCAUCUGGAAGAAAUGACAUGCAGCCCAUGCCAUUCUUCUUGUAGGACUUGUGCAGGGCCAGGAAAGGAGGAGUGUAUCCAGUGUGCUGAGGGCUACCUGCAGCAGGAGUGGCAGUGUGUGCAGACCUGUACACCUGGCUACUACUCUGGAGAGGCAGCAGGAGUCCCAUAUAAGAUGUGUCACAGGUGUGAGGAAAACUGUCUGAGCUGCAGUGGCCCCGGAACAACUUGCACCAAAUGCAAAGAGGGUUAUAGUCUGGUCAGCAGGACUUGUAUUGUGUAUGCAUCCUGUAAUAAUGCUGAUGAGGUGUUCUGUGAGAUGGUCAAGUCCAACCGUCUCUGUGAGAAGAAGCUUUACCGUCAGUUCUGCUGCCGUACCUGUCUGAUGAACGGAUGAGGAGCCAUCCACCUCCAUCCACCUGUCUAUCAGUGAUAACAACUGAAGUGUUAUCAUCUGGCCAAACCUACUUCAGUUACAAUAAUUUAUAAACAACUAACUCGUGCUAUUCAUCACAACACGGCUUAUACACGUGGUAAAAUGGUAGGAUAUUUCACUUUGGAAUGAAACUCUUCAGCUGUUUCUUUGCAGGCUGCUGAAGGCAGGUUUCAUUUUCAUAGUUCAUAGAAUGGACUUUUGUAUAAACUGUGUGUGGAAUGUGUACAAUUAUUCUGUACUGAAUAUGUACUGUAAUGAACAUGUACAAAACUGCAUUAUAAUGAAUGUGCUUGCAACAAUGUGUAUUUCAGCCGACAACUUUAUUGUUUUGUUCACUCUCACUGCUGUCAUCAGUGUCAUUACCAGCGGCAGCAGGCCACUGUCAGCUGUCAAUUAAAAAGCUCUGAUAAACCA